CAGUCUAAACACGGCCCGUUCUCAACUAAUUACUCAAUGCCACAUUAUAAUUGAGUCAACGAUUCCGAGAAAAAAUAAAUUAAAAAAAUACAUGCACUUGGUGAGAAAAAUAAUUGGACGAUUUAUGAAAUCUCUGUCAGAAGUGUCAUUCCUCCCAGCUUUGUGGUUUCGGAGUCUCGUGGCACUUCAGAGAAGAUGAAUCAACAGUGAAUCACUGAAGAAGAGGAGAGAAGGAGGAGAGAGGGACUGAAGGAGGAGAGUGGGGCAUGUGUAUAAAAUCACUUCAGAUACCUGCAUCUCAGAUCAGUGGCUUCAGGAGCGCGUGCAGUCUGACACACUUCAUCUGCUGCAUUGCUUUACCUUGUUUUUAUUUUUAUUUAUUUAAUUUUUUUUAUUCAAGCUACAAAUAUUUUCCCCCUCUAUCUCUAUCUCUCUCUCUCUCUCUCUCUCUCUCUCUCUCUCUAUAUAUAUAUAUAUAUAUAAGCAUAUAUAUCACUCUCGUGUGUUGCUCUUCAGGCAAGAGUUUACUGAAGCACCGGAGAGCGCAGGAAAAUAACGGGCUUUGUUUCAUUUCAUUCAGAACUCUUUCAAAACCUCAGAAAGAAUAAACGGAUCCGAGCGGAAUCAAGGAUUUGCGACAAUUAAAAUGCAUCGCAUUACACGGAGAGUCGAUCAGGUGGCGGUGCUGCUGUUGUUGCUGGCUGCGGUCGGGUUCGCUCAGGUGCUGGACCGAACGCUCAUCCUGUCCCAUGAGAGGAGCUCCAUCGAGAGGACAUACGAGCUGACCAAAUACCUGGACCACCAGCUGAAGGAGAUCAGAGACACUUACCUGUCCUAUCUUGGCCCUCCAUUCAGCGAUCCCGGCUUCUCUCCUCCACGUCCCAACAGCUCCGCUCUGUCCGUGCCCAGCGCAGCCACGCGGGUGGACUUGUGGCGAGGGCUGGAGAACGGCGCCCGUCUGGCGCAGAACCAGCGGGCGUACAGCGUUCUCCUGUGUGCCGUGAGGGAGCUGGCGCGCUCCACCCUGUGUCCGUACCUCCAGAGCUCCCUCCUGCACUUCUGCUCCGGCCUCAGCGGGCUGCUCGGCUCCAUAUCCGGUCUGAUGAACGCCCUGGGCUACACCAACCUCCCGCCCUCCACGCCCGCUCAAGGAUACGCCCCACUUCUGUCCUCACAGUUUCAGGGCGAGAGCGAGAACAGCCCCGCUCCUCUGCGGAGUUACGAGCCUCGAGGCAUUCAGCCCGCCUCGGGCGUGAGAGAGGGAACGACUCGGGCGGAUCUCAAGCGGGACAGAGAGAGGAGCAGGAGAGGAAGGAGAAAAGAAGGAGAGAGCUGGGCCGCCGCAGAAGAGGGAGAGAAGGAGGAAGGAAUGGAGAGAUGGGGCAAACGGCGAAGACUAUUGAGUUUGGACGAAGAGAAAACGAUACAACUGAACAUGAACUACACCGCUUUAAAAUUCGGAGAUGGAUACAGAAAGCAUCCCGUACUCUUUUCAUCACCAUCUCUCCAACAUCGUCGACCCGUUCGCUCCAUUCCCUCAUCUCACGCCGGUCUCUCUCCUCUCUCGCUCCUGUAUCAGUACGGAGGGCCGGUCGCUGAGGUCCACUCUCUGCUGGCGGCCCCCGUGUUGUCGUCCCGUCCCGCCCCGAACGACUUCUCACGGAAGGUGGAGGGAUUCUGGGUUCUGCGAGAGCUGCAGAGCUGGCUGUGGAGAUCGGCGAAAGACUUCACCAGACUGAAGAAGCGGCUGCGCGUUUGAGACAGAGCAACGGCUCCGUUCCAAAACCUAGCGAGCUGCUUUCUAACAGGGCAGCGAGAUUUCUCAAGCAAAAAACGUUCAUGGCGAUAUAAAUGGCGAGCUGUGAGGGCUCCGAGGUAUUAUUAGUACUUUUUUCAUAUUCAAAAAUAGAAUCGGAAGUUCUCUGAAUGAGAGUAAUUAGCACUUUAAAACUCCUCCUGUGAAUGUCUGCAUGAAUAAUAGACGGUUUGCUUAGACUGGUCAGUGUCUACGGUGUGAAAAUGAUGGAAAAUGAUUCACAUGAACGUGGGUUGAGCCUCUGCUGUGUUGCCAGAUCCAGUUAUUAUAAGCGUCUUUGGGCUUCUUUUUUCCACUUAAUGUGACACUUUAGGAACUUAAAAAAGGCGGGAAGCUGCAGGUUAGGGUUAGCGAUAUCCUCAUCUUGAACUUAUUUUGGUUUAUUCUAUUUUUGGCCGGCAUGUUUUUGCUUGCUUCUGUAGCAAUACCUGGCAACACUGCACUUAAACUGACAAUAAUAGUAGUACUUAUAUAAAAUAAGGCCACAGAGAGCAAGGGCAUGUUAUUGCAAGACAAACACAGUGAUCUUCAUGAUAUUUUCUGAAGCGCUAUCAAAAAAAGCAGCAGUUUAACACUAGUACACAGUAGGUUACAGAAUGAAAUAUACAAACACUGGCCAUGAAGAAGCCUAUGCUAUUUCAUUCAGUUUAGCAGUUAACCUUUCACAAAGUCAUGCUUACACAUUCAUUAGAGCACUAGACAAAAAACUUCUUAUCAUAUAGCAAUGCUUACUAAUAAAAAUCAGUAAUAAGUAAAAAAUAAUAAUACAAUUGUCCACUCCUAACCUACAGUAAAGCUUUAACAAAUUUUAAUGCAGUAUGAUGUUAUGUAUACAGAAUAAGGUCUAACUGAACAGCGUCCAUCCUCCAAAAGAGAGAAAACAUCUUUGUCUGUCUCUUUAGUGUAUAUAAUGAGUUGCAUUUAUUAUUUAUUAUUGCACAGUUCUGAACACCCCACCCCAGACCUCACUAAUACGGCCAUGGAUGAUGUAUGAUGCACAGCUCAAACAGUUUUCUGUUGGUCCGUGUGACCGACGUGAACCCGUUGUGAAAUCUGCGUGGGGAGAUCAGCUCGCUAGGUUUCGGCGCUGAGCAGAAGUGUGUGCGAAACCGACUGAUUCACGCUCUGUGGAUGGAGAUCUGAGGAUCUCAGAUGGUCACGCUUUGCGCUAAAUCACCAAACAGAAAAGAGCCGCCAGUACGUCACGGACAAAGGGAAGAGAGCGCUCUUUGAGAGAGCCAGACGUGAUUCAGCAGAAGGAAAGUGAAUCACGCUCGGCGUCAUGCAGUAGUGAAAGGGUCAACGGGCAAAAGUGGAGGAAAUGUGGCAUAAUCAAAGAAACAAUGGAGAGUUUUUUGCUGCCUCACAAACUGAGUCAGUAAUGCCUCACUGACACUGACUCGUCUUUUUCCAGACACACACAAAUACACACCUACACACUUGGAAACGCAUGCACAGAUCUGAUGUUCAGAUGGCGUGUGUGCGAACAGAAAAGGAAACAUGUGAAAGUGUAUACAAGGCACAUGUUGAUAGAAAUGUACAAUAGUAAUACCAUGGUGUUUUUGUAGAAACACUGAGUGCUGUGUAAAUACCAUGGUAUGUGAAUAAGAUCACAAUGCAGUACCAUAUUUCAAAGAUCUAUGGCAUUACUAUGUUUCUGGGCAUGGCACCAUGAUAAUAUGUUUAGUUUAGUUUUUUUAGAAAUGUACAAUGGUAAUACCAUGGUAUCAAAGGGUCAUGUUAUUUUGGGGUAUGGUACCAUGGUAAUAGUAGUAAAGUAGUAUGGAGUAACAUGCAAAUACCUAACCAUUCAGUACCAUAUCCCCAUGUUUUUUACAUGACAGCUAAGAUGCAUUGGUGUUUCAUGUAUUUAAUAAUAUACUAAGGUAUUUACCUGAAACUCCAGUGUAGCUUCAAGAAUGUGUGAUUAAAAAGAAAACACACACACACACACACACACACACACAAAAGCACCAUAAUAUGACAGUGUUUGUACCGUGGUAUAGAUCAUGGUAUUAUUGUGUUUUUGAACAUAGUUUCAUAUCAGUCUGGUUUUUGACUAAUAUUGCACUGUAUUCUUUAAUAUACCGUACCUUGGAUAUAAAUGCCACUGUAUAUAAAUAUAAUAAUAAUACAGUCCCAUAACAUAUGUCAAAGUCCUCUAGUAUUACCAUUUUUUUACCAUGGUACCACCACACCAUGACAAGGGAUUCUACACAUGAGCGUGAGUUAUAAUGCAGAUGAGAGGGUGUAUAAAUAUGAGUGUUUGUGUACAGUCUGUACAGUGAUUUCUGUAUCUGUGUAUAUGUCUGUUGUAUUUAUUUAAAAUAUUUAUUUCUCUGGGGUA